AUGCCUUCCCGGACACGGCCCAUCCAAAAGUUUGCUGCUGCGGUCUCGCAAUGCUCUGCUGAGGCUUCCGUCUACGGCAAAUGUAUUGUCGCUGAUUAUAAUUCUGUCCACAAGGACAAAUGCGUUAAGGAGUUUAUGCAACUCAAGAAUUGCUAUCUGGUAACGAAUUUACCCUUCAAUCCAACAUCCUAG